AUCUAUGGGUGACAUGUUAUGACGCACAAUUUGGGCGACAACUCGUUUUUCUGAAACGACCUGAGAUUUUGGUAAUUUAUUUUUGAUUUACAACGUUGUUACCUAGGAGCAGUUUCAUAAUUUCUUUUUGUGGUGCAUCUAGCUAUGGAUGAAGAAUAUUACGGCACGGCGGGUGACUGGGACGGCCCAGAUGGCGGCAUGGAUGGGUAUGUGGAAGGCGAGUCCGAUGGGAAGGUACAAGAAGAAUGCCUGCAGAAGUUCUCGAGCAGAGAUUAUAUUAUGGAGCCUGCUGUCUUCAACACACUCAAAACGUACUUCCAGGCAGGCGGAUCUCCCGAGCACGUGAUCCAGCUCCUGUCUGAAAACUACUCCGCGGUGGCGCAGACCGUUAACCUUCUAGCAGAGUGGCUCAUUCAGAUGGGCAUGGAGCCGGCUCAGGUCCAGGAGCGGGUGGAGAACCACCUGAAGAGCCUGCUCAUCAAGCACUUCGACCCUCAGAAAGCAGACUCCAUUUUCACCGUGGAAGGAGAGACUCCAGCCUGGCUGGAGCAGAUGAUCGCUCACACCACCUGGAGGGACCUGUUUUACAAGCUGGCUGAGGCCCAUCCUGACUGCCUGAUGCUCAACUUCACAGUGAAGCUGAUCUCAGACGCAGGGUACCAGGGGGAGAUCACCAGCGUGUCGACGGCCUGCCAGCAGCUGGAGGUUUUCUCCCGCGUGCUGCGCACGUCUCUGGCCACCCUGCUGGACGGGGGAGAAGACAACCUGGAGAAAAACCUGCCUGAGUUUGCUAAGAUGGUGUGUCACGGCGAGCACACGUACCUGUUUGCCCAGUCCAUGAUGUCCAUCCUGUCCCAGGAGGAGCAGGGCGGCUCGGCCAUGCGCAGGAUUGGACAGGAAGUGCAGAAGUCCGCCCACCAGAGGGGCCACGAUGCCAGUCAGAUCACGCUGGCCUUGGGCACGGCGGCGGCCUACCCUCGGGCCUGCCAGGCGCUGGGCGCCAUGCUGUCCAAGGGGGCGCUCAACCCAGCCGACAUCACUGUCCUCUUCAAGAUGUUCAGCAGCAUGGACCCGCCCCCCGUAGAGCUGAUCCGAGUGCCCGCCUUCCUGGACCUGUUCAUGCAAUCCCUGUUCAAGCCAGGCGCCAAGAUCAACCAAGACCACAAACACAAGUACAUCCACAUCCUGGCCUAUGCAGCCAGUGUGGUGGAGACAUGGAAAAAGAACAAGCGUGUGAACAUCAACAAGGACGAGCUCAAGUCCACGUCCAAGGCCAUCGAGACGGUGCACAACCUCUGCUGCAACGAGAACAAGGGCGCCACAGAGCUGGUGGCCGAACUCAGCACGCUGUACCAGUGCAUCCGGUUCCCGGUGGUUGCCAUGGGUGUGCUCAAGUGGGUGGACUGGACGGUUUCGGAGCCCCGGUACUUCCAGCUGCAGACGGACCACACCCCCGUUCACCUGGCCCUGUUAGACGAGAUCAGCACCUGCCACCAGCUCCUGCACCCUCAGGUCCUGCAGCUGCUGGUCAAGCUGUUUGAGACUGAGCACUCACAGCUGGAUGUCAUGGAGCAGCUGGAGCUGAAGAAGACCCUGUUGGACCGCAUGGUGCACCUGCUGAGCCGUGGCUACGUGCUGCCGGUGGUCGGCUACAUGCGCAAGUGCCUGGAGAAGCUCAACACGGACAUUUCGCUCAUACGAUACUUCGUCACCGAGGUCCUGGACGUGAUUGCACCUCCUUACACCUCGGACUUUGUGCAGCUCUUCCUGCCCAUCCUGGAGAACGACAGCAUCGCGGGCACCAUCCGCGCAGAGGGAGAGCACGACCCCGUGGCAGAGUUCAUCGCUCACUGUAAAUCCAACUUCAUCAUGAUGAACUGAGACCUGGGGGGCGGAGCUCGUCUGUGGGGCUGGCGGGGGACGAGCCCCCUCUCCCCACCUCUCACAAGCCCCCACCGGCAGCCCCCCACAACUGCUGUGGGGGCUGGAGGACCAGGGGGUGAGAGGCAGGCUGGAUGCAAGACCCUGUACAUAAGACUGCAUUACACAGCCCAGCCAUGCUGAAAUGAGGCUCCCACACGGAGCUCGUGGGAAUGAGGCUCAAACGCAUUUUGGAUGAGGCGUCAGGGCCUCGGCCUUCUCAUGAACAUCCUGUACGAGCAGAGAUAUUGGGUUACCAUGGUUACCCUGGCGCUGCUCUUAUGACUGACGCUGCAGACAGUACAGACGGAAGAAAAGCCUAACCGCUGGUCGAGAACAAUCUUUUUUUUUUUUUCCCCUCCUUCCUUUUUUUAAAAAACAUAAAUAUUGUGUUGUAACAGGCUGUGCAUCAACGUUGUUCAGUGCAUAAAUACAUACCUGUUCUAACACACAGA